AAAUACGAAUAAAUGUAAAAAUAUACGAAAGCUUUGAUAAUUUGAAAUCUUUUAUAUAUGUGAUGGAUAUAAUUCUUUGUCAUACAAAAUAUACAUUUUCUGAAUAUCCACCAGCAGUCGUUUUGGGUGUCGGAAGGAAACUAUUUCGGAAAUUAGGCUUGCACCAGGGAUUUAGUUAAUGCCCAAGUACAUAUACUAUUUUCUUCACACUUUCCAACGUGCUUGAUAUUAAAGCUUGUAAUUCGUUUGAGGUUUUUGUUUUGCUGUAUAAUAUACGGUCUUUUACCAUACUAUCAAAUAACACGACUCCUAUCGUAGUGUUACCCACGUGAUUGAUACAUUAUCUGUCUCCUUGACCUCUUCAUAAUUUGGAGAAGCCGUUUCCGUACACAUUGGAGAAUAUUCUUCUAUCUUGGUUUAUUGAUCAACACAUUUUCUAUUUUUGAUUUGUUGUUGUUAUUAUUUUGUUUUUGUUGUUCAAUAGGAGGAUGUAAUUCUAUAAUUAUGAUCAGAAAUAGACAUCAGCAUAGUUGAAACAAGGACAUAUUGAAGAAUGUAAUUUUAGAAAGAGGGGGAAUGGAUAUUAUCAUAUAUGUUUUCACACUAGUACUUGUAUAUUUUGGAAUUUCUAAUUAAUCAUAUACUAUAUCAUGGAAAUGAGAAUUUAAUGAUAUGAAAUAUUUUACAAUAAUGUAAUCAUGCAGUAUAUUGGUGUGUGUGCAUUAUUUGUUUUGUGUGUACAUUUUCAAUUUACCAUUUGUAAAUCAAAUGAAUGUGAGAAAGGGUGCUGUCCAGGCUACAAAUGGGAUGUUAAAACUGGAACGUGUGUCGAAUGUGGCGCUGGAUAUGUUGGACCUAAUUGUUCUCUGACAUGCCCAUUCCCGUUCUUUGGACCAGGAUGCAAUUCUACAUGCGAGUGUUCAAACCAGAGCUGUCAUUUUGCAAAGAGGUGUGUAGAACUUAAUGAAUCUACAGAAUGUGACGUUGGAUAUAUGGGACCUAAUUGUUCUCUGACAUGUCCAGUCCCAUUCUUUGGACCAGGAUGCAAUUAUAUGUGUAAAUGUUCAAAUGAGAGCUGUCAUUUUUCAAAUGGAUGUGCAAAACUUAAUGAAUCUACAGUUGGAAAAAAUGGAUCGUCGGAGAGAGAACUCAAUCACAGGUUCACACCAGUUAUAUAUCCUACAACAGAGAAGAAAAGGGUUACAAAACAAGGUGUGAUACCUCCGAAUGAGAACAUGGGUAGUAUACUACGCAUCAGCAUUUUUCUUGUCACAGGAGUAUUUUCAGUAGUCUUGAUCUGUUACGUCUUAACAUACAGCAGAUACAGUAAGCUACUAUGCCCGAAACAUUUUUCCACAACAGCAGAUAUGCAUGUUCUGGAGAUUCUAGAGAUCAACGAGGAGGAGGAUUAAUUUUUAAAGGAUUUUCUGUUUGCUAUAUCCAUCUAUUAGAAUGCAAGCAGAGUAACGAUGUACAAUAUUGAUUUUUGAUAACCAUAAUCAAAUACAAUAAUAUGUUAGCUAAUCUUUUAUCAUUAAGGAAGCAACUUUGAACCAUUCAUUUGAAAAUAAUUCUUUGUUGAAUAUCAUUUAAAGAUGACACUGUCACGUUGUCAGGGAAAGAUAAAAAUUGUAUGAAUAAGUUUUGAUACGAGAAUAAUCCUAAACUCUCAUUGAUUGACCAAUAUUGCAUAAAUGUAACAUCAUACAUAUGUAGUUAGCCAAUUAUUUAAAUGUUUCGAAUCAUCCAGGAAUCAUAUAGAUGGUAUAUAAUCCACUAGAUUCCAACAACACUCCAUACCCGUAAACGUCGAAUCCACAAAUCGAGUACAAGGUCAGAUGCAAGAAUUGUGCAAACACUCACAUGGCCAACAACAGAUUAGAUUGUCAAAUUUCCGGUCGAUCUGUCACUUCCUCAGAACGAAUGAAAAAGUUUACAUAGGAUUACUAAAUAUGAUUAAACACAGCACUAAACAUUUCAUUUGUUUUUCGCUUUUAUCAUACUAAUCGUAAUGUUUUCAAGAAAGCGAAUUUAGACACUUCCUAUGUGUCCAAUUGGUGAAUUCACAAUACACGACGUAGUAAUCGUAAGAGAACGAGUUAAUUUAUGAUGAUGAUUUGUGCAAAAAUGAGCCCAUACCCUGUGAGACUUACUCUUUACCAUGCUGGUACCUGAUGCAAUUUUCUCGUUACCAUGCAAUUUUUGGAAAACAAAGACGGCGUUAACACAUUGGUAUAAAUAAACAGUUUAUGAGGUGUCAGGUACAUUUUUUGCUGUUGGUUUUGAAACUUUUAACUAGUGAGUACACAUCACAGUGAGCUUUUGAAAGAUUAAUGGAAAAUCACAAUUCCCUUUUAUGUAAAUACUUAUAUUUCGUAUUGAUGUAGUUUGUAAUACAUGCCCCUGGAUACAUGCAAUCCAUUCAUAGUGGUGCUGGUAUAUACAAAACAUGCUCUGAGCAGGCGUCCCCUUUUCUCUUUGAUGUGCUGUCAUUUGGAUUAACUACACACUACCCAGACCCAAUCAGAGUACUGUUAGAGGGGAUUUAUGCACUGCACAAUCAAGAACGCUCUGUCUCUGCCCUUCGUAAAUAUCUGCCUUGUAUCUUAUGAAUCCAGGGGUACGUGUUUGUACUACUUUUAACUCUGUAUUCUCAAUUGAAUUAUGAGAUUGAUCACUCUUCGUCAUUUUCACGUUCGCUUUUAGUUUCUAUUCUCCUCUAUCUAUCUUAUUUUCCAUCUGUCACAAACACUUACACAUAAGGUAUUUGAAAGUAGAGUUGUGAAUUAUUUAGUAGUAUGAAUACAACGCACUUUUGUGCAAUUUAUCUGAAUAUCUGGUAUUUGUUUCGUGUGUUGUCAAUUUAUCCGUGGACUGAUACACUUUACAUUUUAUGAUAUUUCUUCUAAAAGAGUUUUUUUUAAAUUUGCUGAUCAUUGUAUGUGUAUCACAUGUACCUGAAAAUGGUAAUAAACAAUGCAGAGAUAGAACUAAUAAUGUACAUGUUCUAUGUAUUUUUUUUAUAUUUGGAUAUGUGACUAAUUAUGUUAGAAAAUCAUAACACAUAAUUACGCAAUGAAUACACAUUUGCUGUGUUGACUUAAGCAAUCCAGAACUCAUUAGUUAUUAAUGUUUUGUUUCCUCUUAGAACACCUAUUAUUUUCAUUUGGUGAGAAAAUAUAUGAUUGUCCGGGUUCAACAUUGAUGAAAGUACUUCUCGCGACUGGUAUAGAAAAGGGUAAAAUGUCAAUUCAUUUCCUUCGAAGCAGUAUAUGCCGUAUCAAUUGUACAUCAUCGAAGGAAUACAAAGCAUGUACUUUUUAUUAAGCUAUAUAUAUAAGGUAUACACUUAAUGCAAAUUGUGCAAUUUAACUCGAUGGGAUUAAAAAGUAAGCAUGUUAAUUUUCUAUUUUGUUACCUCGUCUCCGAGUCGGAUAAACAACACCCCAUUUCGAAAUUUCCACGAUGAUGUGACGUAGCAAACUGGCAGAGUGGACGUUUUAUAUGGUUCUAUGCUCUUAGCGGGACGUAUACAGCGAUCAAAACCAAUUAAACGAGAAACGCAGGGUUCACACUGGACCAAAAUUGUGUGUCGCAACCUGGCGCGUCGACUCGUACAUGUUUGUUGUAUAAUUGAUAUAUCAUUAUCAUGCCAUGCAUACAUUACAGCUUUCUUUUACCUUUAUUAUAAAUCCCUCUUACUAUGGAAUUAUGAAAAUUGUAUUUCAUCAGGUCAGUUUUUAGUCAUCAAUGACAUGGUAGCACAAUGGUCUGUUCUAUUGUUUUAGACCAACUCAAUUGCAUUCCAUACCCAGAAAAAAUGUAGGAGCACUUUUAUUGUCUAUAAUUGAAUGCAAUAAAAACAAUAAACGGAUUUCUAU